AUGAAGAAUCGUACCAUUUUAAAUAUGGUACGCAAUAUGCAGACAAAAAGUUCCAUUCCAAAGAGUUUCUGGUCGGAAGCUAUAAACUGGAGUAUUCACAUACUGAAAAGAAGUCCAACUUUUGUUGUUCGUGAUUUGACACCUGAAGAGGCAUGGAGCAGCCGUAAACCAGCAGUUGGUUACUUUAAAGUUUUUGGUUGCAUUGCAUAUGAACGUAUUCCAGACGAGAAAAGGAAGAAGCUUGAUGACAAAGGUGAAAGAUGUGUCUUUCUUGGCAUAAGUGAAGUUUCCAAGGCAUAUAAGUUAUUCAAUCAUGUGUCCAAAAAGAUUAUUAUUAGUCGAGAUGUUGUAUUUGAUUAA